AUGGCUCCACCGUUAUCCGAAGGUACACUGACCACUGCAUCCGCCAGUUCCGGAACGGCGAUCGCUAUAGCAGUGGUAAUCAUAGUUGUUGGAGUAGCGAUGCUGCUGUUGUGUACGAGUUCGUUCAAACAAGUCAAAUUUCCUUCGCUUUGGAAAAGAAAAUCAAAGCAGACAGUACCGGCUCCCAAAGCAAAACUGGCACCUCCGGGAAUGACAGCUCCUCCACUAGGUGUUGAGUGGAACUUUCCAAUGAUCGCUCCGGAGAAACCUCAGGAUGGCCAAUCCGCUGAUAAACCUCAAGCAGCGACGAAUUUGUAA